AUGCUCCCCUCGCUCACCCGGCGGCCGUCGACGCUCCCGCCCCUGCCCUUCGCCCCCACCCCCUCCUCCCACCAGCAGCUCUUCCGCGCCUCCGAGCACGUGAUCGUCCACCAGCCAUGCCGCGUCAAGACUGCCCUCCACCCCUUCCAUCACGCAGACGUCCUCCUCGUCGUCUCGAAGGAUACUGCCAGAGAUGAUCCCACCGAGGAAGCAGCCGUAUUUGUCAUCUCGCAAGAGAAUCCCCUCGACAUCUUGUACAUCAUCCCCGUCUCCCAACAUUUCACACACCGUAUCGAACAGACCCCUCCUUCCCCAUCAGCCUCCUUCUUCCACCAAAGCGCACGACCUCACACCACCCUCAUCCUAUCUCUUCACGAGAUCCAGCUCGAACUGCGCAUCGCUGCCACCCAAUCUCGCGACGUCCAGCGACUCGUCACGGAACUACGCCGAUUCGUCGAGCACUCAAAGAAGGUCGGGUGCCCUCCCAGCUUGAGCCACGCGUGGACGGGUCUUUACCCUGUCCAGACGCCGCAAGAAGAGGCGCAGGAGGAUGUCGAGGAGGAUCCGGUUGUUGACGAGGAGCAAGUUGCUGUAGAGGCUGAGACUGUUGAGGAAGUAAAGAAAGCGGAACAGGAAGGUACUGCAGAAUUGGAUGUUGCGAAGGAGGGUACCCCCGAACCUCAAGAAACACCGGCAUCAUCGAUACCUCUCGAAACCCCCGCCGACCUCCCCACAACCCUCACCAUCAACCACAACCUCCCCUCCUCCCCCCUCAACCCCACCUCGCCAAACUUCAACCGCCCCGCCUACCUCCGCUCCCACGUCCUCUCCCAAUCAUCCUCCUACACCUCCACAACACCCCUCAACAUCCGUUGUGCGACUUACAACGUCAACAACAAAGUACCCCCCAAGGGCACUACCGAACUUGCCGGGCUGGUGGGGCAGGGGGAGGAGGAUGUGAUUGUUGUGGGGCUGCAGGAGGCGGAUUUGAGGGUUGGGGCGAUGUUUGUGGGGCAGGGGAAUACGAGGGCGGAUUCGUGGGAGGAAGCGCUCUUGAACGGACUAGGACCCCAGAAAAGCGAGUUCGAAAAGCUCGUGAUGACUCAAUAUGUCGGCGUCGUCACCAUCAUCCUUGUCCGCAAGUCACUGAGGCCUCACGUCUCGAGAAUCGAAACAGCAGAAAGAGGUAUCGGCCUCCUCGGAUUCGGCGGCAACAAGGCCGGUGUCGCAGUAAGGAUGAAAGUGUACGAUACCGUAUUCUGCUUUGUCAACUCUCAUCUAGCAGCAUUCUCAACAGCCCUCGACCGCCGCAGACUUGACUUUUCCACCCUCCGCUCUACCCUCACCUUCCCCCGCCCGGCCAUCACAAACGUCGACGCGGCCAAACCGGCCAUCACACGUACCAACUCUAGCGUCACCACCCGUUCUGCUAGUAUCAAAGAUGAAACUUUACCCAAAGAUGGUGGUCAAGAUGAACAAGACGAUGAAGGGGAGAAGGUGGAGGCGGAUGUAGUCAACCCGGUGUUUGAGGAAUUCUGGCCUGAUGAUGGAAAGGCGCUGGGGGUGGAUGACAGCCAUGUUCUGAUCUGGCUUGGUGAUCUCAACUACCGCAUCGACCUCCCGGACUCUGAAGUCCGCGAAAAGGUCGAAGCUCAAGAAUGGCAGAGUCUGUUGGAGAAGGAUCAGUUGAGGCUGGAUAUCACGGCGAAGAAGAGUUUUGCGCGGUUUGAAGAGGGUGCUAUCGACUUUCCGCCAACGUUCAAAUAUGUCCACGGCUCGAGUACAUUCGAUUUCGAACGCGCGCCGGCAUAUACCGACCGUGUCCUCUACUCUCUCCCUCCCUCGCCCUUAUCCUCACCCUCCAGCUCCAACCCCACUCCUCCAACCAACCAACACGCACUCAAAAUCACAUCAUACACCUCCCACCCCAUUCUCUGGUCCGACCAUCGCCCCGUCUCAUGUUCUUUUGCCAUCUCCGCCUCCAAAGUCGACCAAGAGGCGCGUAAAGCCGUGUGGCGCCGUGCGCUGGGGGAGCUGGAUAGGCUGGAUGAUGAGUGGAGGAGCAGCUUGGUCGUGGAAGUCAUGGGUAUCCAAGGCGAAGACGUCUCUGAAGAAGAGAUCCGAGAAAAAGGCGCCAAGGCCGAACCUAGAAAUGCGACGACUGCAAGCGGCGGCGGUGCUGGCGAUCUCGACUUUGGCGCCAUCACCUGGCGUACGCCCAAAACCGGUCUUAUCCGCCUAACGAACCCCGGCAAAGUCCCUUCCUCCUUCUCAUUCAAACACCCCUCCGCCUCCAAGAAUGCCCCUUGCAAGUCGUUCAUCCACCCUUUCCCGGCGAGGUGGACGGUCCAGCCGGGGGAGGGGGUGGUGUUGAGGGUGAGGGUGGAGGUGGAUGAGUGGUGGGCGGGGAGGAUGACUUUGGGGAUGGAGGAGGUGGCGGAUGUGCUUGUGUUGCAGGUCGACGGGGGGCGUGAUACUUUCAUCACACUCCAAGGCACAUUUACCCCCUCCACCCUGUCCUUACCACUCCAAACCCUCUCCUCCCUCCCCUCGCCCAUCCAAUCCCUCCCCCUCUCCGAGCGCAAAACCCUCGCCAGACCCAUCCUCCUCUCCCGCACAAACUCGGGAGUAUUCGACAAAGACCAAACCCCACCGCCAAGUACAGCCUUCCGGCCCGUCAACCAGAUCUGGCGUCUUCUCGAAGUCCUCAUGGCCUCUCCUCCUCCAUUCACCGCCUGGCAGCUUCCUUCACCUUCCCUCUUACCGACUAUACACAAGAUCAUCGACUCUUUGGACGACGACUCGGCUCUCCCAGAAGAGUUGACGGACGGACAAGUCAUUGGCGGGUUGAUUCACUACCUAGCCAGCAUUCCGGGAGGUUUGUUGGAUAGUAAAGUGAGGACGGUGAUAGAGAAGGAAGAAGUGGGGGAUAGGGAUGGGGCGUUUGGGAUUCUCGAAUCGGUGGGGCAGGUCGAGACUAAUGUUUUGAUUGGGCUCAUGAGUGUUGUAAGACUUUGUCUUGCUCGUCCUCCGCCGAGCCCUACUGCUGAGGAGAUUGCCGAGGUUGAGGCCACUUCCAAGGCCACCAGGAACGACACUGCUGCCGCCCGCGACCCAGACCUUCCUGCAGAUAAGGACGAGGUGGCUCCUGCUGCUGCCGACUCAACCGCUACCAGGGAGCGAACCGAGUCGCAAGACAAGAAGGUGCUUGAGGGAGAAGAAGGAGGCGGCGUAUUCGAGCUGGGAGAUGAUGAAGACGACGAAGACGACUCUCCCAAAUCCCUCCAACCCGCCGCCGACAUCGCCUCCCCCACCUCAUCCUCCACCCCCACCCCAACCGCCGACGCCAACGCCGAAAGCCCCUCCAACCCCAAGAGCCCGAUCAACUUUUCAUUUGCCGCCCUCAAACCGCGCCUUCGCUCAAAGUCGUCUGCGGCGAGACUUGCAAAGUCGAUAUCGCUGGCGGAAGAAUCGUUCAAGGAUGUUUCAUUGAGCGAUAAGGAUCGGGCGGAACUUGUUGGUGAGAGCUCUACUCGUACGCCGCCGGCUGUUGAGGAGGGACAGGAAGCGAAGAAUACGAGAUGGAGUGGGAGGAUUGGUUCGUUACGAGGGAAAGAGCAAAAGGUCGCCGAGAAGGAGCCUGUCGAUGUUGUUGUGGAUGUGCUUCUGCCGGCUGUAUUUGGUCGAGCUCAAACGGGGGAUCUCGGCAAGGGGAGAAGAAGAAAAUUUUUGAGGCUGUUGCUCGAGGGUUGAUUGUGUUGAUCUUGUAUGGCGGUUCAGAUCUGUUGAGUUUACUAGAUGCAAAGAUGCAUGUUGAUUCUCACUCUUUGAAGGCGCAUAUACACAAUGCAUAAAGUCUUCGCGGUGUAAUGAAGAAGACUAGAUGGGAUCGAAAAGGGGCGUGUUUGAGAUUAUGAAGAAGAGCACUGUAUACCGCAGAGUGCUGGC